UGAACACGCUUUGGAGAGGCAAAUGAGACGAGAGAACGUGGGAGGCUAGAGGGUUCAAGAAGCCCCCGGCCCACUCAAGAGGAGGAGGUGGUGGUGGUUGAAGAGAGAGCGGGCGGUGGCUUGCAUUGCUUCGUUCGCUUCUCUGCAAGCUCUCGCAGCCAUGGCCUCAUCUCCUGACCAAACCCAUUUCAUCACAACCACCCACCGUUCAUCACUACUUUUCUCUCUCUUCUUGGCGCCUUAUCUUCUAUCAAUCGUCGCUUCGGCGUCCCACCUCUACUCCGGUGUUGAAGAUGAGAAAGGCGUUAGAACUAAUUUGUUUCCAGAAGUACUAAGAGACGAGGCUGUGGCUAGACUCGUUGAGCUCGGAAAGGUAAGUGAUGUGGACGGCUAUCUUGAGAGGACAUUUUUCAGCCCAGCUUCAAUCAGAGCAGGAAACCUUAUUCGUGGCUGGAUGGAGGAAGCUGGUUUGCAGACGUGGGUGGACCAAAUGGGCAAUGUUCAUGGCCGAGCAAAAGGGAAAAAUGAGAGUGAAAAAGCUCUGUUGAUUGGUUCUCACUUGGAUACUGUGAUUGAUGCCGGAAUAUUUGAUGGUGCCCUUGGUAUAAUUUCUGCAAUAUCUGCACUGAAGGUUUUGCAUAUUAGCAGGGAGUUGGAGAAACUAAAGCGGCCAAUAGAGGUGAUUGCAUUUAGUGAUGAGGAGGGAGUGAGAUUUCAAUCCACCUUCUUAGGAAGUGCUGCUAUUUCUGGUGUGUUACCAGUGUCGGCAUUGCAGAUGCCGGAUAAAAGUGGUGUAACAGUGCAAAAUGUUCUGAAGGAUAAUUCUAUUGAAAUAUCUGGGGAAGGCUUAUUUGCUCUCAAGUACGAUCCAGAGUCCAUUUGGGGUUAUGUUGAGGCUCAUAUUGAACAGGGACCGGUGCUAGAAUCAGCUGGCCUUCCUCUUGGCAUUGUGAAAGGAAUUGCAGGGCAGACAAGGUUAAAGGUGACCGUGAGAGGCUCACAGGGACAUGCCGGAACAGUACCUAUGUCUAUGCGUCAGGAUUCCAUGGCUGCUGCCGCAGAACUAAUAGUUCUGUUGGAGAGUCUUUGCAAACACCCGGACAAUUUUCUCUCCUUGGAUGGCCAAUGCGAAAGGUCCAUGAUGGAAUCUCUCACCGGAUCUCUUGUCUGUACUGUUGGAGAAAUAUCAUGCUGGCCAAGCGCCAGUAAUGUCAUUCCUGGCGAGACAACUUUUACUAUAGACAUACGAGCAAUGGAUGACCUGGGAAGGCAGGCAAUAAUAUACGAACUAUCUAAUCGGAUGCAUCAAAUAUGUGAUCGGCGUUCUGUUUCGUGUGUUAUAGAGCGCAAGCACGAGGCAAAUGCAGUGGGUUGUGAUAAUGGAUUAAGUUCACAGCUGAAAUCUGCAGCCUUAUCCGCAAUGAAGAGGAUAUCUGGUGAGGUUGUGGAAGAUGCGCCUGUGCUGAUGAGUGGCGCAGGACAUGAUGCAAUGGCCAUGUCUCAUCUUACAAAGGUUGGCAUGAUAUUUGUACGUUGCCGUGGAGGCGUUAGUCACUCCCCGGCCGAGCAUGUAUCCAAUGAUGAUGUUUGGGCAGCUGGUUUAGCAAUCCUUUCGUUCCUAGAAUCACAACUGUAGAACUGAAGAUUUUUUGUUUUUGUAUUGAACAAUCUGCUUUGUAUAUUCUCAAAGACACGAGUCAACGUCCAUCCCAAAAAUAUAAUAGUAAUAACAAUAGAUUCAACUCCGAUGAUUGGUCCA